AAGUUAAAACGACAGCGUUUUACUUUCUCACAUUGGGGCCCUCGUCGUCGUUGACAAAGAAAAUUCAACCAAACCCUAUAUGUAUUCUGGGUUUGGUAAGGGACGAACCCUAGUCGUUCACCUUGUUCGAGCCAUCUAGUGCGCUGAGCCGAAGCAAUAAGCGAUGGCGAAGACUCUGAUCUCUGUAGUCGUGGCUCUGAUACUCGUUUCGUCGACGCUCGGGAGCUCAGAUGUUCCGUUCAUUGUGGCCCACAAGAAGGCCUCUCUCACCAGGCUUAAGUCCGGCGCCGAGCGAGUCUCCGUGUCCAUCGACAUCUACAAUCAAGGAUCCACGACUGCGUAUGAUGUAAGUCUCACUGAUGAUAGCUGGUCUCAAGAUGUAUUUAAUAUUGUCAGUGGCAACACUUCAACAUCAUGGGAAAGGCUUGAUGCUGGUGGUCUUCUAUCACAUGCUUUUGAAUUGGAGUCCAAAGUGGAAGGAAUGUUUUAUGGUGCACCAGCAGUCAUUACAUUCCGCAUCCCUACCACGGCUGCUCUGCAGGAGGCAUAUUCAACUCCAAUAUUACCUUUAGAUAUCCUUGCAGUGAGACCUCCAGAGAAGAAGUUUGAGUGGGUAAGUUUCCCAUAAAAGUAGCAGUUAUAUUAAUCAUUAUCUUUUUAUGCACCUUUUUCUGUGUUGACUUAAGCCUUUUCUUUGUUUUUCCAUGGAAUUAUCUUCGAUGGUGGUCAAAUUGCAGGCUAAGGUAUGACUCAUUCCUGUUAUUCUCCCAAUGGUUAAAUACCUAGAGUAUGUAAGAGGUUGUUAAAACUUGCAUGGGAAUGGUUAGGCAUUGGUACUAGGUGCCAUUAAUGAUAGUAAAAAUGACCACAAAAAUAGUUGCAUGCUCUCAAUUUCCUGGGUCAUCUUGUCCCUCAACAAAGGCAAGGAUAAAUGUGUUUCACUUGUAGCAUUACAAUCAUCUUUAAAGGUUAAUCUUGGCCUGACGACAUCUGAAAGUGGUACUGUUAAAUGAUAGCAAAAUGACCACAUGUAUGUUGGUGAUGUAGAAGCUAGUGCCUUAAUUCUUUUUCCCUUCAAAUAAGUUCUUUUGAAAAUUGGCACCAUUCUUUAAUGGUAUAUUAUCAUGCCUCAAGUAUUUCUUUUAUGAAAUUAGGACAAUGUGACAUAAAAUCCUUCUUUUUCAUUGCUUUCAACUUUUUCUAUUUGCAGAGGUUGUUGGCAAAAUAUGGGUCCCAGAUCUCUGUGAUCUCCAUUGUGUCUGUCUUUGUGUAUCUGGUCGCCAGUCCAUCAAAAUCCGGUGCUGGGAAAGGAAGCAAGAAGAAGCGUUAACCAUUCAAGCUGAAAAACAAAACAAUUGGGUAGCAUAUAUGUGAUUGGGUUGGGCAAAGAGCAUCCCCUAUUAUGACCUGUCACAGUUUUCUUGCCCUGAAUUCAUGACUGUUUUUGAGAACUUCAGAAUAGGUAGCUUCUAAUUAGAAAGUUCAAGAUGAGCAGAUUGGUUGGUCAGCGCCCGCCAGAAGGGAUUUAAUCUUUAUGUUUUAUUUGACUUUGUAUAUUUUUCAUAUCUGGUGACUACAAAUUUUGCAUUGGA